AUUUAUUAAUUAAAAUACAUUAGAAUUGUAAUAACGGUUUGGUUUUGGUUUGCAUUUGAAUGGUUAACACGUAUUCACCACUAGAUGUCCGAUAAGUAGUUUAUAUCAAAAGUUAGAGUCAUUCACAUAUGUCGUACACAACACACGUAUUGUGUUUAACCGUAACAUUGAAUGUAUUGAAUGUAUAGUUGGGUUCAGUUAUUGUUGACAAUAUGUGUACUGUUUUUGUGUUUAAUGUAUAUAUUGUAACUCAAAAUGUCUUCUAAUCAUUGAUUGGUUGAUUGACUUGUAUUACGAUUACUACAACUGUAUUGCUAUGACUAGUGUUGAGCACUGGAUGUAUAUGUUGUGAGCACUGGAUGUAUAUGUUGUGAGCACUGGUAUGUUGUGUAUGUUUUGUGGCAAAUGGCGAGCAAUCAUCUGAUUGUGAUGGAUGUGUUGUCGCCGUGUAAGAGGUCCCGAAGCCAAGUGGACGACGACGACGAUGACUAUACUUGUGGUGAAAGCAAACACCUGUGUCUUAGCGCACCUUUAGUUUCGUCCACAACUGACGCCGAAAUCCUGAGUAGUAGUGAUUCCGGAUUUGACGGCAGAUUUCAAGAUAAUAAAGACAUUGAAACGAUUAAUGAUUCUUCAAUUGGUUGCAAUGAUACCAACAAUUAUACCAAUAAUUUAUUCAUAAGCGGUGGCACUAAUAAUGACACCACAGAAACAUCAGCGCACAAACAUAUUAAUGCCAUCGAAGAGUUGGUCGAUAAUGAGAGUCAAGAAGUCAAAGAUGACUACGAUUGCGAUGACGGGGCCAGUGAUGUAAGCGAUCUCUCGUGUAUCAGCUGUCUGUCCGAUAUGAGUGGACAGCAGUGGAAACCUAUCUCAGGACCGGUCGCUUGGGUUCACCGACAAAUGUGUAGCGGAACUGAUCCGAGAACUAUAUUGACUGAAAUGGUUGCCGACAAUACUCUAAUACCCGAUAAUUUGGAUAAUUUGACGAUUUGGAGGAUUAUUGUCAAUAUGUUGUCUGAACCGCCGCCCCGACGAAAACUUGUCAAUUAUAACACUAUUGACGAUUGCGUUAAACUCAUCAAUAAAUGUAAUCGCAUUGUUGUGCUGACCGGUGCCGGGGUAUCGGUAUCGUGCGGUAUUCCUGAUUUUAGAUCCAGAGAUGGUAUAUACGCUCGACUAAGCAAAGAUUUUCCCGAUUUACCCGACCCUCAGGCCAUGUUUGACAUUCAUUACUUUAGACGAGAUCCGCGACCAUUCUUUAAAUUUGCAAAAGAGAUAUAUCCGGGACUGUUUAAGCCAUCCAUAAGUCACCGAUUCAUACGUUUCUUAGAGAAUAAAAAUAAAUUAUUGAGAAAUUAUACGCAAAACAUUGACACAUUGGAAAAGGCGGCCGGUAUUGAUCGGGUGAUUACAUGUCACGGCUCAUUUGCAACGGCCACAUGUACUCACUGUAAAUACAGAGUCGACGCUUCCGUCAUCAAGGAUGACAUUUUUGAGCAAAGGAUCCCAAAAUGUCCUCAUUGUCCGCCAGAUUUGGAUGAUAUGGCUGUUAUGAAACCAGAUAUUGUAUUUUUUGGUGAGGGUCUGUCUGAUGAGUUUCACAGUGCAAUGUCUCACGACAAGGAUGAUUGCGAUCUACUUAUUGUAAUGGGAUCUUCACUCAAAGUACGACCUGUUGCUCUCAUACCUAAUUCAAUACCAGAAUCGGUUCCCCAGAUAUUAAUUAAUAGGGAACCGUUAAAUCAUUUAACAUUUGAUAUUGAAUUACUUGGCGAUUGCGAUGUCAUUGUUAAACAAUUGUGUCAAAGAUUGGGUUUAGAUUGGGAUGAAUUUUGUCUCGGAUUCAACUCAAAUAAAGAGACUUUAAAUGAGACAAAAAUAUCGGAGAACUUUAGUCUCGAAGUUAAUAACAAUUCGACACAAAUAAACUCGUUAUUGCCGUUUGCGUUCAAUACGACUGUCAAUGAAUUAUCGGUUAAAACUGAUAAUAAGCACAAUAUUGAUGAUCUUAAUCCAGACUCAACUCAAACCGAUACACCAAAAUCAAGUGACGAUCAAUUGAUUUCCCAAUUGACUGAUGAAAAUUAUAUAUAUAUUACUCCGAGUCGUUAUAUCUUUAAAGGCGCUGAAGUAUACGAUAGAGAUUUUAGCACUAAUAAGAACACUGAUGAUAGCGAAGACGACAACUCAAACAGUUCUCUAUCAACCACUCCUUGUUCAUCAUCUUCUUCAUCAUCGCCAUCACUAAACACUUCAGAUUCAUUAUUAUCACCUAUUAAUUCAAAUUCAUGUAAGAAAUUUGCAGAAACAUGUGAAACAAUUACAAGUUAUUCAUAUUCUACACAAAUUUCAUCCGAUUUUUUAAUACCUUCUGAAAACACCGACAAUUCAAAGACAUAAUGUUUUUGUGUUUAGCAUUUGACUGUUUUUUAGUACUUUAUUUUUAUUAUUUUUGCUAUUUAUUAUGUUUCUGUGAUUAUAAACAAAUA